CCACCCAGAAUCAAACGGUCCUCUACGGCACGACGGGCAGCACGGCCGCGAGUCUCGACACCUGGGAUCAUCAUCGUCAUCAUCUCCACCCGUCGUCUUCGACACCUGCUCGCUCGGAGAGAGAACAGCGAUUCCGCUCCAGAGCGGAUCCCGCACGGUAGGCGUUUCUUCCGGAGCCCCCUACCACCCGCGACUCCGCCGCCGCCGCCGCUGCCGAGAACCCUCGCGAGACAGGUGGUAACUCCUAGACUCGGCGCUUUAACGAGAGUGCAACUGCAGUUGGCGGCCGACUGUGUACGGGGAACGCGGAGAGAGAGAGAGAGAGAGAGAGAGAGAGAGAGAAAGAGAGAGAGAGAGAGAGAGAGAGAGAGAGAGAGAGCGAGAGGAAGAGAGCGAGAGGAAGAGAGAGACGCUCGUUCUGAGUCGCGGCGCACUCUUUCGGGGAGACCCAGAAAGGAGAGAUGAGAAUCAUCGUUCUAGUCGUAUUCGUCAUGGUCAUCCUGGCGAGCGUCUCGGCGCAGAAUUUCAGGCAUUUCUUCCCGAGAUUCAAUUCUUACGUGCAGUCCGCCGCGAUAAUGAGGGAUCCAAGAUCGAACAGAGGUCCGGUAUUAUUCCCACCUGGGCCACCACCCAACUCGGCUGACAGCAGUGGCGUCGUCGUCGGCGCGAGCGGAUACGGAUUCGUGCCACCCAGCGCCCCAGGUUACAUCACUUACUUCUACUAUUAAACGUCGACGACCGCGAGACAGCAAAAAGACGAUGACGACAGAAAAAUGGAGGAAAAGAAAGGGGAGAAUGGAGGUCAAGGUUUCGGACGUCACGGCUCGUAAACUCUCAUCCGCCGAAAAUUGUAUUACGGCGGAUGUAUUACAAAUUAGCAUUACGUUAUCGGUGCACGGCAAUAACUGUUAUUCGAGCAGGAACGAGCCGUAAUGCGUGUCAAGUAGUUUUCGCAUACAAUCGGUUUGAACUGUGUGUGUGUGUGUAUGUGUGUGUGUGUGUGUGUGUGUGUGUGUAAUACAUUUAUCUUUCGCGGAUUUUACGAUGAGGCCUGGAUAAAGUUCACGAAAGUUCGAAGGAAACAACAAGAGGGAAUAUCAUCGAGGCGACGCACGUGUGAAUUAAAGAUCGCGAGGAUGCUCUUUGAAAGAUUCGUUCCUACAUAGCGUAGUAAAUUAAGCGUACAAAAUUAACACGAACGGCGAAAGCCGCAGCAGCGCAGAAACGAGAAACUCGUGUUUCCUUGUCUCCUCCUCGGGGAAAGACUACAACUAGUGUGUUUCGAAAGCAACCUGAUAUCAACGGAAUUAACGGCGGUAACUAAAUGCCGGCCGUAUUGAAAAUGAUAUUACGCCACUUAUCUGGAUAUCCAACGCUUCGAUAAUCUCGCGCAACGGCAUCAAGAACGUCCGUUAUCUGCGUAAUGGAGUCCACGAAAGUACAAGUCGUAUUUUAUGGUGCAUUACUACGGGUAUACUUGCGCCUUCGCGUGGUCUGGCGGCCACAACGCCAAGGUGUGUAUAAUUAGUAGCUGGUGGAAAGCCGCUCUCCGUGCGACACAGUGCGAUCCUAGAAGCUAACAAAAGCGACCGGAGACAUGAAUGGCGAUUCGCUCGGCGCUCGUGAUAUCCGCUUAUGAAACGCGAGACCGGCGGCGAGCAGGCGGGUCCGCGCGCUCCGUUAGACCCAUAAAAUAAUUAAACACGGGGGGGGGAGGGGGGAGGAGGGGGCGGUGCGCGUUUUACCGUCCGGUAAGUUAUUUAUUGCCGCCGCGACGGCGAUUUAAUUAGGUGUAGAUAGCCGUUUUAGGUGGGCGACAGUAUUUCCGCCCGUAGCGAUCCGAUUCAUGUUCGGGAGUGUUUACCACGGUGCCGCGUGUAUCUCGGCGCAGCUGAACAAAUUACGUAUAUACAGUACAGUUGCAUGUAAAUACACGGUAAAUUGCGAGUAAGAGGGUAGAUAGAUCGCGUGGAUCAAUAGAGAGAGAGAGAGGGAGGAGGGCACGGCCGUUGGAAGUGCCGCAACGCUUUCGUUUCCGUGCAAUUUGGUCAUGGUUCUUUAAACGCGGACAACGCUCUACGCAUCGGUAACGCUCUUAUCGCCCGGCUUCUCGGCUAAUCGAUUCCGCGAUCACACGCGUACUAGCGAAAAGUAUGGAAAUUCGCGGCUUCAUCGAUCCGUAGCUCGACAUCGAUCGUAGGCUCAACAGAUAGAAGAGAAAGAGAGUGAAAGAGAGAUUGACAAGAACGCAUUCACAUCCCGGAGGCGAUCUUAUCAUCAUUUUCGCACACGUGUCUAUGAUCUAUCUCUUAUCUAUGCUUAUGAAACAUGUAAAUAUCGCACAAUUUAUAAAAGCAAAAUAAAGCUGAUGCGUGCUCAUCAUCA